AUGUCAAUGGCGAACGAUGUUACGCCCGAGGCGAUGCAGCAGCGCAUCCAGCAGGCGCGCCGGGAAGCCGAGAGUCUGAAGGACAGGAUCAAGCGCAAGAAGGAUGAUCUCGCCGACGGCACGCAAUCCCCUCUGCUCAAUGGCUCGGCUGCGAUUGCGUCCUCAAUUGCAGUCGCAAUCGCAUUCGCAAUUAAUCGUGAUGGGGCGUCCUUGUGUGCUAAUUUCCUAGUCACAGUCUCGAGUAUCGCCAAGAGCCAGCAAGAGGGCCUACCGAAGAAUCAAAUGAUGCGGACGAAGAAGACGUUGAAGGGACAUCUGGCGAAGAUCUACGCUAUGCACUGGUCAACGGACCGGAGACAUCUGGUAUCGGCAUCGCAGGACGGAAAGCUGAUUAUUUGGGACGCCUACACAACAAACAAGGUCCAUGCGAUCCCGCUACGGUCCUCAUGGGUCAUGACCUGUGCCUACGCCCCCAGCGGCAAUUACGUCGCCUGCGGAGGUCUGGACAACAUCUGCUCCAUCUACAACCUGAACCAGGCGCGAGACGGUCCCCAGAAGGUGGCUCGGGAAUUGUCAGGCCACUCUGGAUAUCUCUCGUGCUGCCGGUUCAUCAAUGACCGCUCCAUCCUCACCUCCUCCGGCGAUAUGACCUGCAUGAAGUGGGAUAUAGAAUCAGGACAGAAGGUCACCGAGUUCGCAGACCAUCUCGGCGACGUGAUGAGCAUUAGCAUCAACCCCACAAACCAAAAUACUUUUGUGUCGGGUGCUUGCGAUGCGUUCGCGAAGCUGUGGGAUAUCCGUGCGGGCAAGGCCGUCCAAACAUUCGCUGGCCACGAGUCGGACAUCAACGCCAUCCACUUCUUCCCUGAUGGCCAUUCAUUUGUGACCGGCUCGGAUGACGCUACCUGCCGCUUGUUCGAUAUCCGGGCUGACAGGGAACUAAACCAAUACGGAAACGACUCCAUCCUUUGCGGCAUCACCUCUGUUGCGACAUCCGUCUCCGGCCGACUUCUCUUCGCAGGAUACGAUGACUUCGAGUGCAAGGUCUGGGAUAUUACAAGGGGCGAGAAGGUUGGAUCGCUAGUUGGCCACGAUAACCGGGUCAGCUGCUUGGGCGUUAGCAACGAUGGCAUGAGUCUGUGCACUGGAUCUUGGGAUUCUUUGCUCAAAAUCUGGGCUAUGUAA